CGACGACGUCUUGCCUUUUUAGAGAGAGAGACAAAAAAUAAAGCCGGGCGACUGGCGGCGACUUUCAGUAGAGGGAAAGAAAGGAAGAAAAAGCGAUGGAAUAAUAAAAAAUGAAACAAAGAUUUCGUUUUCUGCUACUGCUGCUAAAGCCUGCUGCCGCUACUACCAUAAAAAUUUAAACUUCAGAAAACUUUCUUUUUUUGUUUUUUUGGGUCAAAAAAGCCAAAGUCAUCGAAACUAAUGGCGGAGAACGAUGGAUCAUCAUCGCGAGCUCCGACGCGGCCUACCAUAAGUUUACCGCCGAGGACGGCAAUGGAGAGUCUUUUUACGGGCGGGCCGGGUGCCAGCCCUGGCCCGAUGACUUUAGUUUCGAGUUUUUUCUCCGACAACGAUCCGGACUCCGAGUGCCGCUCCUUCUCGCAGCUUCUCGCCGGUGCCAUGGGGUCGCCGGUGGCUGUACCGGCUUUAAGGCAGAACUUCCAGCAGCCGGGAAAUUCUAGCUCUAGAGAGAAAGUGAGCAGCAGCGGUGCAGGUGAUGCGGACUUUAGGUUUAAGCAGAGCCGGCCUACUGGUUUGGUGGUGACGCAGCCGGCGAUGUUUACUGUUCCGCCGGGAUUGAGUCCGGCUAGCUUGCUCGACUCGCCAGGGUUCUUUUCAUCUGGUCAGGGAGCUUUUGGAUUGUCCCACCAGCAAGUCCUAGCUCAAGUUACAGCUCAAGCUGCACAAGGUCAGGCCCACAUGCAAACGCCAGCAGAGUAUCCAUCUUUGUCUUCAGCACCUGCUCCUCCCUCAUCACAGCUUCAAUCGCUGACGUCGAGUACAACCACACCCCAGCAGAUGCCGCCUCCGGUACCCGAUCCUAACAUCAUUAAAGCGUCAUCUGAUGUUCCACAACUGGAUGAAAGAUUGCAGCCUUCCAUAACGGUUGAUAAACCUGCCGAUGAUGGUUACAACUGGCGAAAAUAUGGGCAAAAACAGGUGAAGGGCAGUGAGUAUCCGCGAAGUUAUUACAAAUGCACGCAUCCAAGUUGUCCUGUCAAGAAGAAGGUUGAAAGGUCUCAUGAUGGCCAAGUUACUGAGAUUAUAUAUAAAGGUCAGCACAACCAUCAGCCUCCUCAACAUAUGAAGCGGGCAAAAGAUUCUGGCAAUCCCAAUGGAACCUUCAAUCUUCAGGGGAACUCUGAAUUGGGAUCCAUGGGUAGGAGUGAAAACUUGAAUAUGAAUAGGGAGGGGUUCCCUUCUCAUUCAUUAGCACUGAAAGACCAGGAAUCAAGCCAAGCAACGCCUGAACAAGUGUCUGGAUCUAGUGACAGUGAGGAAGUCGGCAAUGCAGAAAAUGGAGUAGAGACAAGAGAUAACGAUGAACCAGAAUCAAAGCGAAGGAAUAUUGAAGUUCAGACAUCAGAGCCUGCCUCAUCCCACAGGACAGUUACAGAACCAAGGAUCAUUGUUCAAACAACAAGUGAAGUUGAUCUGUUAGAUGAUGGCUAUAGGUGGCGGAAGUAUGGCCAGAAAGUUGUUAAAGGGAACCCUUACCCAAGAAGCUAUUACAAAUGCACCAGCCAAGGAUGCAAUGUUCGUAAGCAUGUUGAGCGAGCUGCUAGUGAUCCAAAAGCUGUCAUAACAACUUAUGAGGGUAAACAUAAUCAUGAUGUUCCUGCAACCAAGAGCAGCAGCCACAGCACUGCCAGUAUGGCUUCAGAAUUGAAGCCACCUACCACUCUUGUUAAUAAUCAGUCUCUCACUCGGAGGGCAGAAUUCAAGAAUAAUGGGCCACAGCCAAUAGCUAGCUUAAGGUUUAAGGAAGAACAAAUAACAUAGAUUCUGAUGAGUGAAGACCAGGCAGAAAAGCAACGGGCAAGCUGGUUGAUAUGAAUAUGAUACACAAGUCAGAGGAAGGCGAAAGUUAAUGCUAUUCAUGUUUGUUCCUUAUGCUUGAGGCAUUAACUUCAUCCAAGAUCGCAUACUUUUUAAGUCCAAAAUACAGAACGACACAGGAGUUAGUAACAUAAGAAAGUAGAGAAAUCAUAGAUUUUGUUGGAAAUUCCUUUUAUAUGUAGUCAUUGUAAGGUUAUUAUAUCUAUGUGCAUUCUUUCUGUAAAUGCUUGUGUGGCAAGGGUGGAUGUUGGUGUAGCACUUGGAAAAUGAGGAUGGAUGUCCAGAUCUGAACUUCAGCUUUUGCUUUCAUUGACAAAAUAUAAAUCCAUGUCUGUUUCUUA